AUGGGCGACAGUUUCAACCCGGGAAAAGACAUUGGGAGUUUAGCCGGCAAGGUCAUCCUCGUGACUGGUGGCAACACAGGACUUGGGAAACAAACCAUUGCCUACCUCGCCGCGCACAACCCCGCCCGCAUCUACCUCGCCGCCCGCACCGAAUCCAAAGCUCGCGAUGCCAUUACCGACAUCAACAAGUCGGUCCCGAAUGCGUGCGAAAUCAUCCACCUGCCGCUGGACCUGACAUCCUUCUCGUCCAUUGCCCAAGCCGCGUCGACGUUCAAAGCGCGCGAGUCGCGCUUGGACCUGCUGAUCAACAACGCAGGCAUCAUGGCCACACCCUACAGCACCACAAAAGAAGGCUACGAAAUCCAGUUUGGCACAAACCACAUGGGACACGCGCUGCUCACCAAGCUGUUGCUGCCCGUCCUGCUGGAAACGGCGAAGCUGCCGGACGCCGACGUCAGAGUUGUGAAUCUGAGCAGUCUGGGCCACAUGCUCCCUGUGUCCAAGGGCAUUGAGUUCGACCAGGCCGCGCUGGAAAAGGAGAGCACAUGGCGCCGCUAUGGUAGCUCCAAGCUUGCCAAUAUUCUCUUUGCCCGCGAGUUGGCGGCGCAGUAUCCGCAGAUUACGAGCGUGUCGCUACAUCCUGGCGUCAUUCUUACCGAUUUGUUUGCCCCAUUGCGCACUAAUAUCUUUGUCAAGAUUGGUUUGUGGAUCUAUGGCUUGCUGGGCACGUUCUUGAGUGGGCAUUACAAGGAUGCAAAGGGUGGGAGUCUCAAUACGACGUGGUGUGCUACAACCAAGAAGGAGAAUCUGGAGAACGGCGCCUUUUACACGCCUGUGGGGGUCAAGAAGACGGGUAGCAAGUGGGCGCAGGACCAAGGCCUACAAAAGAAGCUCUGGGAGUACACAGAGACCGAGUUGGCAAAGCAUGGAUACUAA